CUGUUUCUCAUAGCCCCCUGUGCUGGGCUCUGUCCUGUAUGAGCAAGUGAGGAUUUCAUUAAAACAAAACAAACUCACAAACAGAUAGUGGGCAGCCAUGGUUUUGAUGGCUCCACUGUGUUUUCUGCUGCUGUGGCCUGGAUUCAAUGCUCUCAGGGGGACUCUACUAGACGAGAAACCUCUUAUUCUUUCUACCAGCCCAAAACAUGUUUCUUCCUCAAGUUCUUCUUCUGAAACUUCAGGGGGUUUCCGUCUGCAUCGCUCUGCUGUGAUGCCUGAUAUCACACAUCUGGAGCUUUUGGUGGUGGUGGGGCCCGACGUGCAGCAGUUUCACAAGCAAGAUACAGAGAGAUACAUCCUCACCAACCUUAAUAUUGCCUCUGAGCUGUUGAGAGAUAUAACUCUGGGUGCUAACAUGAGGGUGCAUCUGGUUCGCAUGAUCAUCCUUUCAGAGCCAGAACCUGAGAUCCUAAUGUCCAACAACAUCACUUCUUCUCUCAAAAGUGUGUGUGACUGGGGCAGAAGGAUCAACCCCUCCAAUGACACAGACCCCCUACACGCUGAUCUCCUGCUCUACAUUACAAGGUAUGAUCUGGUGUUGCCCAAUGGGAAUAAUCAGGUCAGAGGAGUAGCACAGCUGGGGGGAGCCUGCUCCAGUGAAUGGAGCUGUGUGAUCACAGAGGACACGGGCUUUGAUCUGGGGAUCACCAUUGCUCACGAACUUGGCCACAGUUUUGGAAUUGACCACGACGGCGUGGGAAACACCUGCAGCAGGAGUGGCUUCAUGAUGGCCUCUGACGGAGGCUACAACAGCGUUGAUUUGACCUGGUCUGCGUGUAGCCGACAGCAAUUCCUCACAUUUUUCAGUGACGGGAAAGCAGAAUGCGUAAAAGAUGUCCCUGCAAUGGAGGGCUCCCUGCAGGACUGGAAGCCUGGCUUGUACUACGGCAUUGAUGACCAGUGCCGUAUAGCUUUUGGCAGCUCUGCAAGAGCCUGCUCCUUCACUAAUCCUGACCUGCCAGCUUGUCGAGUUCUGUCCUGCCAUGUGAACCCUGAUGAUGACAGUUCGUGCAAACGCCUUCUAGUUCCUCUGCUGGAUGGAACAGAGUGUGCUCUUAACCAGUGGUGUCUGAAGGGCCGCUGCGUGUCUCCGGGGGAUCUGGGCUCCUCUGCUGUGGUUCACGGCUCCUGGUCCAGCUGGUCGGACUUUUCGUCCUGCUCUCGGACAUGUGGUGGGGGGGUCACUCUGCGCACACGGCAGUGCAACAACCCACGACCUGCUUUUGGAGGGGCUGAUUGCAAAGGUCCAAACAUUCAGGCUGAACUUUGUAACCAACAGCCUUGUGUGCGAACCCAAUUGGAUUUCAUGGCAGAACAGUGUUCCCAAACAGAUAUGCUGCCCCUUUACCUGCUGCCAAACACUGCCUCUUUCUACACCUGGAUCCCUGCUCUUGGUUUUGUUAAAGGAGAUGAGCAGUGCAGAUACAUGUGCCAGUCCAAUGGUGAAAACUUCAUAGUGAGUCGCGGCGUUCAGUUCAUUGAUGGGACUCGCUGUGAGUUUGACAACCCAUCUUCUUAUGGCACCACGGCUGCUUGUGUACAAGGAAAAUGCAUGCUGUUUGGGUGUGAUGGUGUGCUGCAUUCUGGGAAGGUGCACGAUGUGUGCGGAGUGUGUGGUGGAGACGGAUCAACCUGCAGUUUGAUAUCUGGUUUCUACACUGGUGGUCAGGCUAAAGAGUACAGCACCUUUCUGACUCUGCCAGUGAAUGCCACACAGGUUCAUAUUGUCAACAGGGCACCUCUUUUCACCCAUACGGCUGUAAUGAUUGGAGAUCAGUACAUUGUGUCUGGAAAAGGCAGCAUGGCCCUGAACAUAACACAUCCCUCCCUUUUGGAAAACCAUCUAAAGUACCUUCUCCACCUGACACCUGACCUUCUACCUGAGAUGGAGGAGGUGCUGGUGCCUGGACCGCUGCAACGAGAAAUAAAAGUACAGAUCUAUCGCAAAUAUGGAAAAGAAUAUGGUGAAAGAACGAAUCCAAAUGUUAGCUAUCAGUUUUAUGAGCCAAAUAAAAAUAGUAAGCCUCUAACAAGCUUCAAACCAAGUGGACAAUGGGUCCGUUUCACAACACCCUGCUCGGUGACCUGUGGAGCAGGUGUACAGAAGCACAUACACAUCUGUGUAGAUGAAAAUACCAACAGCCGCUUAAAAGAAGACGACUGUUCCGCCCCUCUUCCAGCUGCUCCCCUCCCCACAACUUGUCAGCUCUCAUUCUGUCCCCCAAGAUGGAUGGCAGGAAAGUUUGGGACUUGUAGCGCCUCCUGUGGCGGAGGAGUGCGAGUGCGUCCCGUGCGAUGUGUUCAGAAACAAGGAUCAGAUGUGGUAAAAGUUUCAGACUCUGAGUGCUCCGCUGAUAACGCCCCUUCCACCACUGAAAAGUGCAGCCUACAAAACUGUCCUGCCAGAUGGCGUGUGUCAGAGGCAGCAAACUGUUCUGCGGUGUGCGGGCCAGGCCAAGCAAAACGUGUUGUGUCAUGCGUCCGGGCAGAGGACGGUGUAGAUGUUGAAUUACAUGAAAGUCUCUGUGCUAAACAGGUCAAACCGUCUGAUUCUGUGGCAUGUGUGGUUGACGUUUGUCCUAUCGGCUGGGACUCAAAGGGGGAGGAAGGGCACUUUUUGAAGUCUGCUUUGAUGCCACGCUCCAGACAGGCUCCUGUGUAUGUGUGGAGCCCUGUUAUCAGCCAGUGUUCUCAGACCUGUGGCAAUGGAACCCGGCAGAUAUUUUCUUCUUGUGUGGAUCACCAGACCAAACUGGGGGUCCUUGACUCUAACUGUGAAGCUUCUACCAAACCUGAGCCCCAGGCUGAGAUAUGUGGCACACAGCCUUGUCCUCCAAAGUGGCGCUAUAAGCAAGGAGUUUGCAGUGUUACAUGUGGAGGAGGAGUAGCCAAUAGGGUGCUGUACUGUGCUGGAGCGAGAGAGGAAGAGGGGGAGGUGGUGGAAGAUUCCAACUGCAGCGACUUGCCCAAACCCCCAUCAGUGGUUGCAUGUAACACUCACAGCUGCCCUGCUAAGUGGAAGGUGCUCAGUACGUCCCCUUGCUCUGCGUCCUGUGACCUGGGUGUAGCUCAGAGAAAUGUGUCUUGCGUUCAGUAUAUUCAUGGCAAGGAGAACGUGGUGCUGGAGGAAAGGUGCAAGGCAGCUAUCAAACCUGCAGCAAUGGUGCCCUGUCUGGUGCAAGUCUGCACCAUCAGGUGGGAGGUGAAGCCUUGGAGCCAGUGUUCAGUUCCUUGUGGAUAUGGCAUCCAGUCCAGAGCAGUGUCCUGCAUGGGUCCGUCAAAGCCAGCCCCCCUCAGCCCCCUGCUGUGCAUGCACAUGCCCAAACCAAUCACCAUCCAGGGCUGCUACACGGGCGUGUGCGGAGAUGCAACUUCUGAAACCACAGAAAUCACAGGGGGACCUCACCCAACUCCUGCUCUGAUCCACAUUUCUACUCCACGGGGUCAUCUACCUCCAACUGAGGCCCCAACAGUCACCCAACCAACACCUGCAUCUAAUGCAUGUGGACAACUACUUCUGCAAGAAUCAGGAACAGUGGACUUGAGGAAUGUGACCGGUCGCUGCACACUCUCCAUAGGUCGACCCCUUGACGAAGUCGUCCACAUUAAAGUGGUAUCAAGCUCUUUAAAUUGCAGGAGAAAGGAGUCUUUGGCUUUUUUUGACCGGCUAGCUUUUGUGAGGAAGUGUGAGCAGAUAACAGGCAGUGAACUGACAACAAGAACCAAUGUCUUGCUUGUUCGGCAAACUUUGUUCACUCCUGGAGAUGGCGUUGUGUUCACCUACAGCUCACAGAAGAAUGUGAAGAGGAGCCACCAUCAGGGCUGUGACAUUCAGCUGUUUUCUCAGAGUGGCACCUUUGAGAACCCAACGACGCAAAGCAACAACCACACCUGCCGAGUGCUCAUCAGCGCCCCGCCACUAGUGAAGAUCAGAAUUCAAGCCUUGCAUAUAGGAUUAGAACUCAACGCCACCAACUCCAAAACGUCCUACAUUAUGAUACGGGACACGGAUGUGUUGAAAACCAACGUGUUCAAAGGCUCGCAGCUGUUCACGUGGCGCUCCUCUGGAAACAUGGCCGAGGUGGAAUUUCAUGGUGACUACCUUCAUUCCAAAGGAGCUUUCAGAGCGAAAUAUUCAUUCGUGCACUUUUGAGUCUACACAUUUCAGUGUCUUCAUGUAAUAUUUGUUUGCAAUACUUACAUUUUUUGUUAGAAUAACCAACCUCUGUGGUGUAAAAGGAACCUGUUUGUUUCAUUUAAAUGCUGUUCAUAAAGUAUGUUGUCAUUGUUUUGACCUAUGAAAAAGCAGACACUCAACAUCCACAGAGUAAAGCUAACGCUUUACUACAAACAUCUUGUGUAUUAAAGAAGGAAAGAAGCAUCUGUAACAUAACACAAAUGUUCCCACAAAAUAUUAAAAUAUUUCAUUCUCUUAAAUUA